AAAUGCGGAAUGGUGGGGGAUUUUGAGCCAGACACUUGGCAGUAGCUCAUUGGCAGUGGGAAUUCUCUCCAAAAGCUGCUAUAGCGAGGGCAAAAGAGAGCUUCACACGGGAGAUGGCUAUGGCUUCCGUGUGUAGCUCCUCGUGUUCUUGGGAAGCUGGGGCGAUGGCGUCACUGGUGAGACCAUCUCCACCGCCGAGAAAGAGAUUGUGGGCAGUGGGAUUUGGGGACAUGCAUCACCAGCUCUACCGGAGAAAUCUCAAGAGGGGUCAGCUGGCUUUCACGGGAGUGACGAGAGAUCAUGGAAAUGGAAGCGUUUUGACGCUGGAGCUCGAGGAUGAUGAGACUCGGAGGGAGAAUGUGGCUAAUGGCGCGAGUUCUUCACGCAGAGAGAAAGAAAUGGCGAGUGGAUUGGAUGGUGAAGUUAGCGGCAAUGGAGUAGCAGUAGCAACGAUGGCGGUUCGCGAGCUCGAGGAAUUUAAAUCCACCAGUGUUCUUGAGGAGGAGCUUGAGCAAGACGAGCCUUGGUUUCGAAAGGAAAUUCAAGACAAUGUCAAGGUUUCAGUCACUCCCGGUGGCCGAUGGAAUCGCUUCAAAGCUUAUUCGACUUUGCAAAGAUCAUUGGAGAUAUGGGCCUUCGUUUUCUCGUUUCUUUUCAAGCAGUGGCUCCUUGGGCGGAAGUUCAUGUACAAAGGAGGGAUAACGGAGGAAAAAAAGAUGGAAAGACGAAAGCGUCUUGCGAAAUGGCUAAAGGAAGGACUGCUGAGAUUGGGACCGACUUUCAUCAAGAUUGGACAACAGUUUUCCACGCGAAGCGACAUUCUUCCGAAAGAAUACGUCGACGAACUCGCUGAGCUUCAGGAUCAAGUUCCUCCUUUUGAGUCGGAAGUCGCCGUGAGUAUUUUGGAGGAAGAACUCGGUUGCUCCGUGGACCAGGUUUUCGAGAAGUUCGAUCGUGAUCCCAUUGCCGCAGCAAGCCUUGGCCAAGUUCAUCGAGCUGUUCUAAACGGAGAGCAAGUUGUGAUAAAGAUCCAGCGUCCAGGCUUGAAAGCGCUCUUUGACAUCGAUUUGAAAAACCUGAGAGUAAUCGCAGAGAACUUACAAAAGAUUGAUCCAAAGUCUGAUGGCGCGAAGAGGGAUUGGGUUGCCAUUUACGAUGAGUGUGCCAAUGUGCUCUAUCAGGAAAUCGACUACAACAGAGAAGCAGCCAAUGCCGAGCGCUUUGCGGCAAAUUUCAAGGAUCUGAGCUACGUUAAAGUUCCAAGAAUCUACUGGAAGUACACUACACCACAGGUACUUACCAUGGAAUACGUACCAGGAAUCAAAAUCAACAAAAUCAAAGCCUUGGAUAGACUUGGAGUUGAUCGUCAAAGGCUUGCGAGAUACUGUGUGGAGUCUUAUCUGGAGCAGAUUCUUCGUCACGGGUUUUUCCACGCAGACCCUCAUCCAGGAAAUAUUGCUGUGGACGAUUUCAACGGGGGACGCUUGAUUUUUUAUGAUUUUGGUAUGAUGGGAAGCAUUAGUUCCAACAUCAGGGAAGGACUUUUAGAAGCUUUCUAUGGAGUCUACGAAAAAGAUGCUGACAAGGUGCUUGAAGCAAUGGUGCAAAUGGGAGUGCUCGUACCGACUGGUGACAUGACCGCAGUUAGACGAACAGCACAGUUCUUCCUGAAAAGUUUCCAAGACCGUCUAGCAGCACAAAAAGAACAGAAAGCUCUUGCCGAGAGUGAGGAAUCCGGCUACAAGAGGCUGUCUAAAGGGGAAAGGGAGGACAAGAAGAAACUCAGGCUGGCGGCCAUAGGUGAGGAUCUACUAUCUAUCUCUUCGGACCAGCCAUUCCGUUUCCCAGCAACGUUUACGUUUGUAGUUCGAGCUUUCUCGGUUCUAGACGGCAUUGGGAAAGGUCUGGAUCCUUACUUUGACAUAUCCGAGAUUGCAAAGCCGUACGCUUUGGAGAUUCUAAGAUUUCGUGAAGUUGGUUACGAUGUUGUGAUCCGGGACUUUAAAAAGCGAUGGCAACGACAAGCUGAAGCAUUCAACAAUCUCUUCAGGCAACCAGAUAGAGUUGCAAAGCUCGCGGAUGUGAUCGAGAGAUUGGAACAAGGCGAUUUGAAACUCCGUGUGCGAACUCUGGAAUCCGAGAGGUCCUUCAAACGAGUUUCAGCUGUACAACAAAACAUAGCUCAGGCCGUUUUCGCUGGCACAUUCUUAAAUCUGGGAACUCUGCUGUACAUAAACGCAAUGAGAGUCCAAGGCACAGCCGCAUUUUUUUGUAGCGCCUUGUUUGGAUUGAAGCUCCUGGUUGGGCUUUUCAAGGUGAAGAGACUGGACAAGCAAGAAAAGCUCAUCACUGGCACAGCGUAAUAGAAAGAAAGAAGCAAAGAGCAAUUUUUUGGCACUCCUUUCACCUUGGCAAGAGAGCUGUGAAGAAAAGAGUAGCAUUCUUUCCUAUAUAACCUUCCAAAGAAGAAAAUUUGAGGC